GAAAAAGCUGAGUGCGGAAAAAUGUCUCUGUAUCGUGUGUUGGGAGUUUUCCUGUGCUGUAUAACCCUCAUCUUGAGCACAGACAAGGACUGUAUUGUUGGAAUUAUUGGACAAUCCACUUUGCUUCCCUGCGUGUAUAAAAAUGGAAAUCAAGAUAUGCUGCUAAGUGACAUUGGCAUCGAGUGGAGAGCAGACAGUGUUGUAGUAUACAGCUUUGUCUAUGGAAAAGAAAUUCGGGAAGUACAGGGCAAAGACUACGCCAACAGAACUCACCUCUUCACUGAAGUACUAAAGAAGGGCAAUUUCUCACUGAGGCUAGAGGACAUUAAAGUGAAAGACAUCCAGUACUAUAAGUGUAUUUUUAAUCGUAAGGGAUUUGGAUCCAGUGAACCUUUAGAUCAGGUUUGCCUCACUGUCGCAGCUCAUUACACAGAUCCAGUGGUACAGAGAGAUGCAGAAGGAGGUGAAGCCCAGUUCAACUGCUCCUCUGGACAGGGUUUCCCUGAGCCCACAGUCCACUGGCUCAUUAACGGGGAGCGCCCCCCUGUGGACACAGUGAGAUCAACUGUCACACAGGAGCCUGACACUAAACUGUUCUCUGUCAGAAGCCUCCUCACUGCCAACGUCACUCAGGAGAUCAUUGUGUCCUGUACCAUAGAAAACCACAGGCUCAAAGAGAACAAGACUUCUGCAGUCAUUUACUACAGCAUUCAGAAAGAUACAAACACUGGCACCAACACUGCACAGGUGGUCGGAGGAAUAGUUGGAGGUUUUCUGAUAGCUGUUCUGAUAGGUGUAGCUAUGUGGAAGAGGAGGGAGUUAUUCAAACGAUGUGGUAUAGCCCAGUGAAGGAAUUCAACAAGUGAUGUCUUCAUUGUUUUUAUACACCACUUGUCAUCCCAUGGCGCUAAGGAGAAACUGGAUUCGGGAACAAAUAAAGAGGAUGAAGAGAAGAAUAAUGGGCUAAAUAUGCUGACCAACGGACACUUGAACACAUUCUUUCCCAAUACCAUAUUUGUGCUUAACCAGCAUCCUCCCCCUACAACUCCACAUUUCAGCCGAAAAAUGUUGAAUUAGUAUUAUUGCCAACUUGGUUCAUACUUCUUGUACAUUUUUCACUUACGAACUGGUGCGUUUUCCCAUCUUGUUUACAUAGUUGCACCUUACUCCUCAGACAGUCCUUUUGCAUGUGGUCUGAACAUGCCGUGUGUCUUGCAUGCUCUAUAAUGUCUAUUGUUUGUAUAUUUACACUGUACUGUAAAAUGUGAAUGUAUGCAUUUUAUGCUGUAAUGUCUACAUGUACUGUAUUGUGACUGUGUUUUGUGUCUCCCCAUCUUAUGUAUAUUGUCCAAUGUAAUGUAAAGUGUUGAGCAUGUUCCAAAUGUGCCAAGGCAAAUUCCUGUACCUGGCGUACAGGCAAAUAAAAGUGAUUCUGCUUCCGAAAGAUA